UCUUUUCCAUGAAUUAUUUCUUAUUGCGGUUCACUCCCACGGCCACGGAGCGUCUAAACCCGCGAACGAGCCUGUGCUGUCGGGAGCGCGCAGCAAUCAUGUCUCAUCCGUCGCACGCCUCGCCAUACAGCGUCAGAAAAUAAGAAGAAAUUCGUCUUUUACCUAAAAAAAACCAACCCGCUCUUGUUUUUUGCUCUCGUGUUGGCGCGCUACCGCUCGCUUCGUGGUGAAGAAGCUGACAUUUUUCAAAACCAAACCUCCUGUAAUUCACCUUUUUUUUCUUCUCUCUCUCCCGUCAAUAAGACAAAGAGGGCAACAAGAUACAAGAGGAGUACAGCUGUGGUGAUGUGCUGUUUCAGGGCUCAUCCUUCAUUUCGCAGGUCGUUCCCAUAACUUGGUGACGCUGUUCAGUUUUGGGGAUGUAAACGCCAGAAAGACACUUUACCGGAGCUCAGCUGAUGUGACUCAACGAGUGUUUCCAUUCCCCGGAACAAUGAGCCCGAGAGGAGCCUGAAACGUCUGUUGAAAGCCUCAGGCUUGUAAGGGAACUGGCCCGGCUCUUUUAUCCUACCCCUCCAACAUCCCACUGUGUCGCACCACUGCCAUGUCCUUUCCCUGCUGUGGCCAUCCCAUGGAGAGUUCACGCCCACCCAGAUAGGAUGCCUGCCUCGCCUGUCGUCCUGCAUCCCCUCCUGCCCAUCACCACCUCCUCCUUCUCCUCGCGUGUACCUGCUCUUGCCAACAGUUCCUUGCGGCCCCCGAGGCUCCGCCCUGCCCCGCUCCAACAUGGUGGAUGAGGUAACCACCAUGAAGGAUGACGUCAUCAACGCCAACACGCUGGCUUGGCUGGUCUGCUCAGGCGUGUCAAUCCUGGCCAACACUUGGAGCAUCCUCAGCGUCAGUGCCAAGCAAAAAAAGUGGAAGCCGCUGGAGUUCCUCAUCUGCACGCUGGCGGGCACGCACAUCCUCAACAUGGCCAUCCCCAUCACCAUGUACUGUGUCAUCACGCUGCGCCGCCAGCACUCCAACUACGAGUGGAACGAGGGUCUGUGCAAGGUGUUUGUCUCCACCUUCUACACUCUCACUCUGGUCACUUGCUUCUCCGUCACCUCGCUCUCUUAUCACCGCAUGUGGAUGGUACGCUGGCCUGUAAACUACAGGUUGAGUAACACCAAGAAGCAGGCGGUGCAUACAGUGAUGGGCAUCUGGAUGGUCUCCUUCAUCCUGUCCACGCUUCCAGCGGUGGGCUGGCACGACACCAUCCACCGCUUCUACACCUCUGAUUGCCGGUUCAUCGUGACGGAGAUCGGCCUGGGUUUCGGCGUGUGCUUUCUGCUGCUGAUCGGUGGCAGCGUGGCCAUGGGUGUGAUCUGCAUUGGCAUCGCUCUCUUCCAGACCUUCUCCAUUCAGGCAGGCCACAAUGCUGACAAGAACAAAUUCAACGUCCCCACUAUAGUGGUGGAGGACGCCCAGGGGAAGCGCAGAUCGUCCAUCGAUGGAUCGGAGCCUCUCAAGACAUCACUGCAAAUCACUUACCUGAUCAGUGGAAUCGUUUUUAUCUACGACUUCCUGACUGGCUUUCCCAUACUGGUGGUGAGCUUUGCCAGUCUGAAGUUUGACCGCUCCUACAACUGGAUGGUGUUGUGCGUGCUGUGGUGCUCCAUUGCUCAGUCCAUCCUGCUGCCCAUGUUCCUCUGGGCUUGUGACCGAUAUCGGGCCGAUAUCCGCAUGGUGUGGGAAAAGUGCGUCGCCAUCAUGUCCAACGACGAUGUGGAUGAAGAAAACAGCCAAGAUGGAGGAAUUCAUGCCGACUUAAUAUAUGACAGACCAUAUGACUAUAGCUCGGCGCCUGAAAUCGUGACGGUAGACCGUAAUGCCAAGUAUGAGUUCUCAACCUUAGAAAGGGGGGUUCCACAAGGGUAUCCAUUGAGGGAACUACAGGAAGAUAAAAUGCAGUAUUUGCAGGUGCCCCCUACAAGAAGAUACUCCCACGACGAAACCGACAUGUGGACCAGCGACCGGAUCCCCUCAUACCUUCAGCGAUGGGGCUCCACCGAGGACAUGAUAGUGACUGCCCACUACAGCUCCACCUUGCCGCGCCGCGAGAGGCGCAGGAGCAGCCUGGUCUCCUACCACGAGGAGAGCCACCAUCACCAUCACCCGCACCGCAAGCGGCGACGCUCUGAGGACAGUAUGCACAACCUCAAGCACCUGCCACGGGUGGUAUGUGGCGGGGAGCACUAUGAGGACGAACUGCGGUGUUUUAGCCGCGAUGAGGUGAUCAACUUUAUAGAUGAGACGCCGCUGCCGAGCCCCAGGAAGAGCCCACGGCGCACAUCCACCAUCUCACUCAUUCCCAAUGUGUAUGAACAGCACACAGUCCUCCUCCCUCACUUCCCGCUCACAGACUUCGAGCGAGAGCCUCAAGCUCUCAGGCGGGUCUCUGAACACAAACGGAGCAGCAGUCGGGACAACACCCCCGAGGGUUCUCCCAAACCAGACAGACCUGCUGGGAAGAAGAGCCCCGGGGCUUGUGGCUCUGGUAAAGGCUGCCGGGAGCGCAUGCGAGACGGGACACAGCAGCGUGAAGUGAGCUCACCCGGGCGCAGCCAACAGACUCAAGGGCACUCUGCCUGCAGGCCCAGGACAGGUGGUGGAGCCAGGGCUGGUGCUGGAGCUGACUGGAGGCAUCAGAAGCACCUGAACAAGGGUGAAAGUAAAGAAAGCACAAACAGUUUUGUAAGCACACCCUCGGCAUCAUCCUUGGGAUACAUCACCUUUCACUCUGAUUCUGUCGGCUCUACCACCUAAAAGCAAAGCUUUCCCUCGAUUAAUAUCAAUAUUAUUACUGGAGUUAUUAUCAGAAUGAAAACCACUGGAAUAUUGGUGGUCAGGGGAAAGUUGUUUGUCCUUUUUACUUGUGCCACUAUUCUGUUUUACUAUAUAAACCACCAAUAAACAUCUGUUAUACUGAAUGGCCUUGGGGAGCUUUGGACAUCAUUUCUGAACGGGCCUAAUGUUGAUUUCUUAUGUAGGUUGGUGAAAAAGGUUGGGUGGUCCUGUUAUUGAGCUUUCACAUCACAAAAUAUUCACUGAGGACACUUUUUGUUUCCAGCACUGACACAAAUGAACUUUUUUUUUUUUUAACGUGAACAUUCUCACCUUGUUUUUGCUGUUCGAUGUUGUUUCUUAUAAACUGCUCAAAGAAUUGAAGGAGAUAGUUGUUAGGGUGGUGUUUUUUUCUUUCCUUUUUUGCACUUAACAAUUUAAAAAACUCAUUGUAUUUUGUUUUGCCUUUAAUGGCCGUGUGUUUAUGUUGUAUGAACACAUUUGCUUUUAAACCAAACCUUCCUGACUAUUGUCCAUGUACCUUGAGAUUGAUCUAAUGAUAUGACACAGUAUACAUGUUUAUAUUAUUUUGAUCAUGAUGUACAACUUUUCUAUUUACAUUAUUAUUCACAUCACAUGAAAAGCUUUUCUUUUCAAACACCCUAUGUGGACGAAAACAGAGUGGUAUUCCCAAACUCUUUAAUGCCUAAUAGUUUUACAGUUACUGUGUGAGAUAUUGAGAUAUAACGUGAAGACCCCUAAAUUCUUAAUGAAAAUGUGAAGUCAGUUUUUAGAGAAGAUUGACAUGUUAUGUAUAUAUGAAGGAUAUUGGAUUAAUGGUUUUGGUGUUUAUUUUUGUUUAAUGAGACUUUUGCUUGGAACAUAUCCUCCUAAUUCUUAUUAUUCCAAUGUUUGUGUUAACUUUGAAAAACACAAUAUUUUAUAAUUCCAUAUAGAACAUCAGACGGCUUAAAAAGGUGCUUUGUCGCCAUCAGCUGACCAUGUCAGCCUCACCUCUUAGUUGUUUUCAGCAACUUGUUAGAAAGCACCAAUAAUAUUUUUUUAAGUUGCUCUCAAAGAAGGAACCUCUAUAAGAUGUUAACAUGUCCAAAAGUUACAUAAUCUCAGCGUUGAAGCUGACUGGAUGUGUCUUAAUUUGAAUUGGGUUUUUGUACCUAAACCCAUAAAGAUAUUGAACAAAUCAGAAAUAUUGGGAAUAGAAUGAAAAUAACUGCAAAUUAACACUUUAUCGUAAGUUCCAACAAAAAGAAGACAUUACAUUUAAUGUGUUACCUCAUAAUAUGCAUAAUGACGACUAAAGGUUCUGCUAUGGGAGAGUUUUUUGAGUGUAAAGAGACUUUUUUUAAACACCUGCUUGAUUUUAGCCCCAUGUAGUAAUGUACAUUAAAUGUAAGCAUCCCUGAAGCCUCAAAUAAGAAUACUGUGGGAAAAUUGAAGCUCUGAUUCAUUAACGUUCUAUAAAUAUACAUAUUUGGAGAGAUAAUGUGAUUAUUUAAUGCCAUAGCAAAGUAUUAAAGGUAAAGGACAAAAAUAGUGACUAAACAAAGCCCACUGUUAAAAUGUUGACGAGUGUGAACUUGACAAAUAAAAGCAGAACCCGGUUUGGGCUUCACGCCUAACAUGAAUGUAUUUGGACUUUAGGUUUAAGCUUCUGAAGAAAUUAUAAAGAGUAUAAGAACAACAUGAAAUGAAAAUGUCCCCUUUUACAGCAUUAUUAGCUGUGAACGUCUUUGCUAUUACAAUCCAAGUAAUAAAGUUUGGCACAUGUUUUCACUCAUCUGCGGUCAGAUGUUUAGUUUCAAUUCUCAUGUAUUAGUGUACCUCUCACUCAUUGCAGCCUAUUCCAUUGGACUGAGUUAUUCUUUUUAGCUGAAAUGUAUCUUUCUUUGGAAGCAUAACCUCACAUUACCCUGUCAAACUUUGCUGUCAUAGAUUUUUGCAUUUUGUUGUGUUUACAAUAUUGAAGUAUAAUUUUGUAACAUAUUCAAAGAUUUAUGACUCAAAUAUGAAUGAUGUUAGUUGUUAUGAUUUUCUUGUUCAGAUGAUGACUUUGUUAAAAAGAUAUGACUGAUUAAAUUCACAAGAUGAUG